AUGGUCUGUCACAGAGAAGGUCGAUCUCCCAUUCUCGGAACUAGCCCGACAGACAUAACGUCAGCGUGCCAGUCGGCACCAUGCGCGGGUUCUCUCGGCACCCUGCUCCAAACGGCCUACGUUUGGGUGGUCAACGGUAGCGAAAAAAUCAUUUGCAGAGCAAUCUUGGACCCAGGGUCACAACGCUCGUUCGUUUCGAAUAAGAUAGUCAAGCUGCUCAAUCUAAAGCCAGUAGCUCAAGUAGAUCUCAAAGUCCACGGAAUCGCGGGACAAGUCUCAAAUAAUCUUAUGAACAUCGUUCAAUUAAGACUACAGAGUAGGUUCUCAGAUCAGCAUAUUGUCAUCGGCUGCCUCCAGGUGCCCACUGUUAUUGAAGGCCAAAUCCCGAGAGCCGUAUGCCCAAGCGAUCUCUCCCCUCUAGCCGACUCCAGAGAGCCCGAUUUCUCAGACGUCAUCGACGUUCUAAUCGGCGCCGAUGCCCUCCACUCAGUCUACUGCGGUAUGUACCGCAGGGCGGGCGAGUACACGGCUUCCCCAACUAUUUUCGGUUGGGUUCUCUGGGGGAAUGGCGGUAGCAACGUGUAUACCAACUCGGUUAUCACGUCGUGUGGUAUCCUUCAGGAUUCCAUGAGCAAGUCAAAUGAUCUUGCAGUCUACGCGCCGUCCAGAGCUAAGAACCAUUCAGACGACCUGGAAUUCCUGUGGAAAACUGAGGUUCUCGGAAUAGAAAAUUCGGAGGCUAAUGAUAACAGAUCCUCUUUAGAAGCGAUGGAAAAGUUCUUUAAAGAUACCAUCAAGCUCUCUCCGGAGGGUAGACUCAUAGUAUCGUUACCCUUCAGAGAAAAUAAGCAUACUCUGGGCGACAAUCAGAAACUCGCCUACUCCCGUUUAAUGGGCCUCUUGAAAAAUCUGAAGAAAAAGCCUACGGUCGCUAAAAAAUCCUUGAAUAAGGAAGAGAAAAUUCGCCUGGUAAAGGACGGCGGCGCACGCUCAAAGGACGAAGCGUCGCUGAACGACGUUUUGGAGAAGGGACCAAACUAUCUGCCAGAUUUAAUCACGGUACUGAUUCAAUUCAGAAGAUCUCCCAUAGUAAUCGUCGCAGACAUAAAGUCAGCGUUCAACCAAUUCCUGAUAGACGAGAAACACAGGACGUUCUUGAGGUUUUAUUGGCCAGCAGGCAUCUCCCAAAACCCGAACGCUCCCGUGCUGGAAUAUUGGGCCAAGGUGCUCGAUUUCGGCCUCGUCUGCAGCCCAUGGUUGCACUGCGCUGGGGUGCGUCACCACCUCGACCUACAGAUGGUGAAACGCCCUCGGCACGCAGACCUCUUGGCAGAGAUAAAACGUACGUUCUAUAUGGACGAUCUCGCUGUUGGCUGCUCGUCUCUGAAUCAGGGAAAACGCCUGGUGGAAUUUCUGAUCGAGGUCUUCCGAGAGGGUCAUUUCCCGCUCGGAAAAUGGAAGACGAACUCGAAAGAGCUCGCAAGCUUCAUCGAGAAAAUCACCAGCGACGACAAACCCGAAAUUUCUUUCGAAAACCCGAAAGCAAAGUUCCUGGGUGUCUCCUGGAACCAGAAAGAGGAUGUUCUGUUCAUCGACACCACAGACACCGCUUCGUUCUUCCGAAACAAUCCUCCAACGAAGCGUAAUCUCCUGAAAGCGCUGAGUCAAAUUUACGACCCGCUGGGGAUCAUCGCCUCAAUUAGCAUCAACUUCAAAAUCCUCACUCAGACCCUUUGGACGAGGAAAAUUGAUUGGGAUGCUAUCCUGGACCCCGAGACGGCAUCCGAGUACAGAAGAAUCGCCGGUUUUCUCGACGGUUCAGACAGGAUUGCCAUCAGACGAAACAUGUUUGGCACAGCGUCUGGAGGCUCCAGGAGAGAAAUCCAUGUGUUUGCAGACUCCAGUCUCAAAGCAUACGGAGCAAUCGCUUACUUAAAGGAAACAAACGUUAACUCCCCAUCAGACAAAUGCUCAGUUUCUUUUCUGAUGGCAAAGGCCAGAGUAGCGCCGCUCAAAGGUCACUGGACCAUCCAUCGCCUAGAAUUGAUGGCAGCGGUUAUUGCCUCAAGGAUGGCUAACCAUCUAAGAAACAGCAUCCCUGAAAAAAUCGACGAGAUCUUCUUGUACUCAGACAAUUCAGCCGUGCUUGGCUGGCUGAGAAGCUCCCCUGAGAAGUGGAAACCUUUCGUGGCCAACAGAGUCAAGGAGAUCCUCGGGUACUCAUCGCCUGACAGAUGGAGCUACAUCCAGUCGGAAGAGAACCCAGCAGAUCUUCUCAGCAGGGGCUCGGCUCUUGAAACCGAUAGCCUCAAGCAAUUCUGGUUGGAGGGACCCUCCUGGCUUCGAGACAACCGAUCUCAACGUUCGCACGUUCUGAACGCGCCUAGCGAGUCGGAAGAGAUGUUGCGGGAAAAGAAAGUGGAAAUAACGGCAGCGGUCGCCUCUCGAGUACAGGACGAGUCAACCUUCUCCAGUAAAUUCUCCUCUUGGGCGAAACUCGUGCGUGUUACUGCUUUCAUGCGGAGAUGGCUUCCAAAAAAUCGAAACAAGUUCAAGAGCGGUGAUAAUUCAAUCACUCCGGAAGAAUUCAUGGAGGCAGAAAUCGCUGUAGUCAAAACAAUCCAACGCCAACACUUCGCGGCGGAGCUUGAUGCCGGCGCCUCCAAUUUAUCAAAGGCAAGCGCGCUGAAGACAUUGAAUCCAUUCGUAGACGACAGCGGCAUUCUACGCUGUCGCUCGAGACUCGAGAAGUCCUCCAACAUAAAUUACGAGGUCAAGUUCCCGGUGAUUUUACCUGUGAAAGAUUCUCUUGUUCAACUUCUCAUCCGGUCGAUUCACGAAACCCAGUGCCUUCAUUCAGGCGGCACGGCGGGCGCCUUACACGCUUUGAGACAGCGAUUCUUAAUCUUGAGCGCGCGCCGAGAGGUAAAUAGAGCCAUCCACGGAUGUAAAGUGUGCGCUCGCUUCAAAGCGAAAGCCGCCGCAGAGCCAAUGCCUCCUCUCCCGGCCUUUCGCAUCGAAGAAUCUCCCCCGUUUGCCGUAACCGGCGUAGACCACGCGGGUCCGAUUUACAUAAAAAAUGCGGCCGGGGAGAAAACAAAAUCAUACAUAUUACUAUUUGUUUGCGCGGUUACCAGAGCUCUCCGCCUGGAACUCGUGGCAGAUCUCUCCACGUACGAGUUUCUCUUGGCUUUGAGGAGAUUCAUGAGUAGGAACCCGUCAGUUAAGCACAUAAUCUCCGACAACGCGCGGACUUUUCUGAAAGCGGAAAAAGAGCUGAAGUCGCUCUUCGAGAAAGCAAAACACCCCGAUUGCCAAUCACUCUUGUCCAAGAAAGGCAUGAAGUGGUCUCAUUCGACGGAACGAGCUCCGUGGCACGGAGCCUUCUGGGAAAGAUUAGUACAGGUGGUAAAAAGGCCACUGCGGAAAAUCCUAGGGAUCCACGCGCUGCCUUUCAGGGAGACAGAAACGCUUCUUUUCGAAAUAGAGAAAUGGUCAACGACAGGCCGAUUUCAGCCGUCGUGGUCGAUCCCGAUGAGCCUCGAGCACUGUCCCCCUCAUGCCUGCUAUACGGAUACGCUAGCCAACCGUCCCUUCCGGACACAAAAAAGGAUCGCACAGCUCGUCCAGCAAAUCCGCGAAUCAUUCGGUCUUCCGACUUCAAAGAUCACAACCUGCGUGACAGACAAUGGUUCAAAUUUCAUCAAAGCUUUCGCAGAGUUCGGCGUGGAUGCUGCCGUCCUCGAUCGCGACGAGGUUGAGCCGAGAAACAACGACGAAGCCCAUGAGCUUUCCGAGGACGAAGUCGAAGGGGGUGAUAGCGACGGAGGAGAGAGCGGAACGACAGACAAUAGCGAAGAGCUUGAGGAUGGCAGCGACCUCAAUGAUGAGGAAGCUGGCGGUAGCAGUAGCCAAGCCGAAGAAGCAGAUGUGGAGAGAGUCUUGAAUAUCAAUAGGGAACUCGCUCUACGCCAUGAGAUUGCGAUGGCUAAGUGGAACAUCCUGUGGAAACUCAGUAGGUUACCAAAAACAUGA